CGUGGGAUUGGUACAAGGGGGGAGAGUUGUCCAGGUGCCGGAGGAAGUAAAUCAUUGCAUUUGACUUCAUUUAUCAGGUGUUUUGUGAUUUUAUGAUACGUGGGAACAUUAGAAACUCUUCGGAAGUCUUAUGUGACAACAAAGGAUUAAAUGCACUGAUACUUCGACAAGAAAAGUUUUCAGUUGUUUUUGCGAUAGCGGUUGCGUCAAAGUGAAAUAAUUGAUCUGAUCAAUUCCACUAUUAACGCGUUUUCUGAGAGAAAACCCCCGCAAUAAUCUCGAAAAGUCGUACCCAGCAUCAACUCUGAUCCCCAUAAACCCAAGAAAAGAGUGUUUCGUGUUGAAUUCUUCAUGAUAACGAUUGCCCACAAAUUCACCAGUUUUCUCUCCAAAUUGCAUUGUAAUAAUCCUUCCGCAACAAUUCAUCGAGGAAUAUCGGUAAUCACCUCAAGAAACUGUCGCCAACAUCGCCAAUUCCCCCUGAAACGUCUCCAAAGACUAUUCUGCCAACGUCCAACGAUGUCUACCUUCAAAUUCGACGAUUACGACUGCAUCGGUUUCGACUUAGACAACACAAUCCUCUGGUACAACAUUACGAACAUGGUUGAGAUGGAGUACCAGGUGAUGUCCCGUUUCCUAGUAGAGCAGAAGGGCUACAACGCCGAGUACCUGGAGAAGCCCCUGACGGACGAAGCCAUCGACUUCCUCCAGAAGGGCCUAAUUCUGGACCUGGACCGAGGGAACAUCCUGAGAACAAAUCGUGACGGUGUUAUCAAGAUGGCCAGCCAUGGCACGAGGUUCCUGACAUCGUCAGAAAUCCAAAAAAUCUAUCCAAAUCAGAGAUGGGAAGGUAUCGAUCUUCUGACGAAGGAUCCAAUGUCCGUGUGGAACGGGCCCUGGUCCCAAAAGGUCCGAGCACUGAUGGACUACUUCGAUAUGCCCUUCUCAUUGGUCUUCGCUCGUGCUGUCGAUGGGAUAGACUCCAAAAGCGAGAUACCUAUCGAGAAGUACGAUAUUUGGCCUGAUAUAUUCGCAGCUGCUUGCAACAUGUUCGAGAGGACCAACUUCAGGGAGGAGAGGGGACGGUAUUUCCAGGAACUCAAGAGCAAUCCUGAGAAGUACUUCAGAAAAUGUAGCAAAGAAAUUGUGGACUGGAUGAGGGAAGUGAAGAGAGAGAAGACAACGUUUCUGAUCACGGGAUCCAACGUGGACUUUGCUAAUUUCACAGCUACUCAUGUCAUUGGAGAGGACUGGAAGUCUAUGUUCGACGUUGUCAUUUGCUUCGCGAAGAAGCCGGGUUUUUUCGUGAAGGACUCGCCCUUCUGGACGGUCAACGAUCACCAGGAGAAGGAAAUGAUCGCUGGGGAAGAGUUGGCGAGGGGUGGGGUGUACUCUCAGGGGAACUGGGAGGAGCUGAAGAGCUUCCUCGGGAGACUCAGCAAGAAGAAACACCCGAAGUGUCUGUACGUGGGGGAUAAUCUCCUCCAGGAUGUUCAGAUACCCUCGACACUCGCGGGGCUGGACACAGUGGUCGUCAGCGAGGAGCUGCAUGCCGAAGGGAUGGUGAACAUCUCGUGGCCACAUCCUGAUGAGAAGUAUCUGGUGUCAAGGGCCUGGGGAUCUUAUUUCUCGGUGGACGAUGGAGAGUCACGAGAGGAUUCGCACUGGUCUAAUGUCGUUGAGAGCCACUCGAGGAUCUGCAUUCCUUCUCUGAAGGUCGUGGCGCAUCAGAGGAUUGAUGAGGCCUUUAGGGCGUUCGAUAGGGGGCACGAUAAGACCAGGGGGUUCCAUCCAGCUGCACCUGCUGGCAUUCCUUCUGAGGCCGUGUCGUAAUGAUGGCUGUUUUCUUGGCAGGUUCCAA